UUCUGCUGAAAAGGCCACAGUACCUCUUUUCUCUUCAUACCAGAACCUAGGACCUGAGGAGAAAAUAGAAAAGACUCCUUAACCCUGACCAUGCUUCAUCUGGUCUUCCAGUCACAUUCUCUCCACAGAACCCUGCUGGUGACCCUCCUGCUGGGACUUACAGGAUCAACUACAGAGGAGCUGAAGGUGAUUCAGCCCAAGAAAUCAGUUUCUGUCACUGCUGGAGAGUCGGCCAUUUUGAACUGCACUGUGACCUCCAUGCUUCCUGUGGGGCCCAUAAAGUGGUUCAGGAGAGUAGGACAAUGUCGGCAGGUAAUAUAUAGUUUCACAGGAGAGCACUUCUCCAGAGUUACAAAUGCUUCAGAUGCUACAAAAAGAAGCAACCUGGAUUUUUCCAUCCGCAUCCAUAAUGUUACGUUUGCUGACUAUGGAAAUUACUACUGUGUGAAGUUCCGGAGAACAUAUUCUGAAGAGCUGGAGUUUCAGUAUGGGGGAGGCACCCAGUUGUACGUCUGUGGUAAGUACGCCAUUGUUUUCCUCUUCCCUGAUAUUUCCAACAGGUCAACACACUGUCCAAUAUUUUGUGAACACAUUUAUAGGGUCACUCCACCCCAACUGUGGACCAAAGAAUCUGAGAAGACAAGAGGAUGUUCUGUUCGCUACUUGUAAAUGGGAUAAAUCCAUACAUAUAUCUGCCUUUCCCACAGCACUUAUUUCUCUCCAUCUACCCCAGCCUAUUGUCUAUAUAAGGUCACUGAGAACUGACUUCCUUGCCAAGCAGUGGGGUCAGACAUUUCCUACUGCCUCUAGAGAGUAUUUCCCCACCUAAUUGG